GAAAGCGGUUUGUAUAAUAUAUCAAAAGCAUUACGAGUCGUGCCACAUGAAGCGCGCAUCACGGGCCCUGGUAGCUUAUUCUAGCUCAGAAGACGAUGCUCCAGCCGAUGAGGCUCCAGAGAGAAAGAAGAAGAAAUUGCCGUUGCUUGCAUCAUCCUUCAUCGUACCAGUACCUGUCGAUGAUCCUGCUCUCCAUCAAGGACGAGUUCGUGUAACCCCACACGUAGAAGGCCAAUAUGCUGCAUAUGUUUACAUUCCCCUCGCCGUGCACCCUGGAACUGCAUUGUACUCGUUGAUCGAUGAAGUACUGGAUGUCAUCAAGGAAAUGGUCCCGGCCGCUCAUGCCAUAGGAGAAAUGGUCUCGUGUAGUAGCAAUACUAGUGGCUUGGUAGUCGAUAGCUCUCGCAGGGUGCGGGAGCUGCACUUGUCAUUGACUCGACCGAUAUUUCUUCGCGCCCAUCAAAGAGAAGGAUUCCAAAGAGCCAUAAAGCUGAUUGCUUCACGCCGAACCCCUUUUCAGGCUUCAUUUGCAACGUUUUCCGAACUUGAAAACGACGAACGAACGAGGGCGUUCCUUUCCCUCGAGGUAGGAGCUGGUCAUAAUGAACUGAGGGAUUUGCUAUCCGCACUAUCGCCGACCCUUCAAUCCCUGCGUCAACGAGAUUUCUACAGUCAACCACGGUUCCACGUUUCAAUAGCAUGGGUUCUUCUGGACCCUAAUGCAUCAGUGAACGGUAACACCGACACCAAAAGACAUUCUCGCGCUUAUGAAGGGGUCACAAUAGUGGAAGGCACAUCGGACAACAACUUAACCAGUAACGGGGACAUCGGGGAAUCUAAUAAACAAUUUCAGGCCAAGUGUUUUCCGCGUGUUCCGCGUUUUCCAUCUGAGCUAAUCCCGACGCUAAACCAGCGAUUCGGUGCUAGGGUCUCAUCCGCCCACAUCGGUGGGUUCGAUGCGGAUACCAUUGUAGUGAAGAUCGGAAAAGACAUCUUUUCAUGGCCAUUUCAAGGCUCUCACGUCAAUUGAAUCGAUCCAUAACAUACGUUCAACUGUGAUGUACAGAAAAGAAAGGUGUCGUCUGACUGGCUCGAACAAUGUUAAAUCAUAUUGGGCCAUUCACAAGGCUUGAUAACAAUAGCUACGUUCCUUCCACUUCCCGUUGCCUGGUCAAACAGGUUUACCAGUUCAACGUCCAUUGGGCUUGAUUCCUGUGUUUCACUGCUUCGAC